CACGCACGCUGGACAGCCCUCUCUCCUCCUCGCGCUGGUGGCAGACCUACACAGUGUCGUGGCGUUUAGGGUGCUUGAGUGUCCGCACCAACUCUGUCACAGCGAGAGCCGCGGCUUCAGCCCCAGCUGUCCACAAACCGAGAGCAGGUUGUAGUCCGCGAACAGCGAAGCGAAGGAAAAGAAAAGUAGUUGUUGAGGAAGGGAAACAGGUCGGAGGGAUAUUUCAGGUGCACUUUAUUAGCAGACUUUGAUAGGUCGUUUGCUCCGCGUAUUACCGGACGGGAGAUACCAGAAGUAGAAAGGAAAACGAGUUGGACGUUUCCUUUCUUCCGCAAAAAAAGAGACUUUGCCCUCUCGUAAAUGCUCCAGAUGGCAUCAACUGAGUCGCGGCUCCAGCAGCAGCCCUCGCAGAAGGAUGCAGCCGACCAGAACUUUGACUACAUGUUCAAGCUGCUGAUCAUUGGCAACAGCAGCGUGGGGAAAACUUCCUUCUUGUUCCGCUAUGCCGACGACUCCUUCACCUCCGCUUUCGUCAGCACCGUGGGCAUUGACUUCAAGGUCAAGACUGUCUUCCGCAAUGACAAGAGGAUCAAGUUGCAGAUCUGGGACACGGCAGGGCAAGAACGCUAUCGCACCAUCACCACAGCCUACUACAGAGGAGCCAUGGGCUUCCUGCUCAUGUAUGAUAUCACUAACCAGGACUCCUUCAACGCAGUUCAGGACUGGGCAACACAAAUCAAGACAUACUCGUGGGACAAUGCUCAGGUGAUCCUGGUUGGUAACAAGUGUGACCUGGAGGAUGACAGGCUUAUACCCACAGAGGAUGGCCAGCGACUGGCUGAGGAGCUAGGUUUUCAGUUCUUUGAGGCCAGUGCCAAGGACAACAUCAACGUCAAGCAGGUGUUUGAACGUCUAGUGGAUGUUAUCUGUGAGAAGAUGAACGAGAGCAUGGAAGGAGACGCCAACCUCAUAGCCAACCACAGCAACCAGGGCCUUAAAGACUCACCUUCAGAGAGCCACGGGGGCUGUGCUUGCUAAACCAUCUGCCUUCUUAGUCUCCCAACACACACACACACACACACACACACACACACACACACACACACACACUGAAGAAUAACUUGUCUGUGCCUCAACCAUGAAAAGUGCCGCACCUCCCCUUUCACUUGAGCCAUACCGAGCUCUGCCCCAUCUACACAGCACAGAUAAUCUUCAGCACAUCCUCCUCCUCCUCAGACCUGUCUUUCCUUCGAAGAGACCCACUCUGUCACUUUCUUUCUCUUAAGGGAGACUUUAAGCCUGCAGACUUUAAGCCGCCACAUACACCUCUUUGACUGCUGUAGCCCCAUUAACUACCACGUGAAAUCUAGUGAAACAUUUAUUCAGUGCAUUCAGUUUUCUUAGACAAAUAUUUUUAUAGACAGCAACAAGCUAGCUAUCAGUUUAUCUUGAAAUUUUUGAUUUGAUCGAUGAACUGUUUAAAUGUGUUAUACUGUAGAAACCAGUAAUGUCAAGUUCCAAUAGGACUUGUCUUCGGUCUAAUAUUUAUUAAGGUAUUGAUUUCUGAUGGAUUUUAGCAGCUCCGAGACGUUUUGUGCUUGAUGAGUCUUGUCCAGGAUGCUCCCCUCUAGGGACUGAUUAAAGGGAGGAAACAUGAAGGAGUCUUGCACAGCGUGCUGAAAGUUUUCAGCAUUGCCAACCCUCAAGGGCAAGUUUGACAAGAACUUUGCUUUCUUGUCAGGAGUAAAAAAAAAAAAAAAAAAAGAA